ACGCGCCGUAUACUGUAAUUCUUGACUAAAAGAUGGCAGCAGAAGUACUCCGACUAUCGAUAUUUGCCACUAGCGCGAGACUCUCAUCAGCCAAUCGUGGUGAGUGAUUGUGCGUAAAAAGGAGAAUGGAUGCUUGUAAUGCCGUUGAAAGAGAGGUUGACAAGGUUUUAUCGAAGUUUGGUGGAAUACGUGAACAUGCAGAACGCGUUUUGCGAGAUGUCAUAAACAUUGUCGAUGAGUUGAAGAAAGGUUUGGAAGAAGGUCCAUCAGAUCAUGAGCUGACACCUGCUCAAAUAAUUAUCCUGAAACAGUCCAUCAACAAAGUAAAAGAAACAGUACAAAGACUUGCUACAGAUCAUAGAGAUUUGCAUAGUACUGUGUCUAAAGUAGGCAAGGCGAUUGAUAGGAAUUUUGUGUCAGACUUUGCAUCUACCAGUAGGGAGGAUGUAUUUUCUACUCCAGAAAAAAUUCAUCUUCUAAAUCAAGUAAUAUGUCAACACUUUUAUCGGCAGGGAAUGCUGGAUAUAGCAGAUGAAUUGGCCCUUGAGGCUGGCCUAGAAAUUGAAGCUAGUGGCAAGGAACCCUUCUCUGAACUGAAUAGGAUCCUUGAUAGCCUGAAGGUGCAUGAUCUUGGACCUGCCCUGGAAUGGGCUCAGGCCCAUCGAGAGAGCCUUGAGGCACAGAACUCUUGCCUGGAAUUUAAACUUCAUCGUUUAAGAUUCAUUGACCUGAUUCAGAGAGGUCCUCUGGGACAAACAGAGGCAAUACUCUAUGCACGCACACAUUUUCAUCAGUUCAUUAAUCGCCAUGAGAAAGAGAUUCAAAUCCUUAUGGGGAUGUUCCUGUACCUUCCACAUGGCAUAAGCAAUUCUCCGUACCGCCAUCUGCUGGAUCCCAACCUCUGGGCAGAAAUUCACGAUGUGUUUACACGUGAUGCGUGUGCACUAUUAGGUCUAAGUGUGGACAGUCCUCUCUCUGUAUGCAUCAAUGCAGGCUGCACAGCUCUUCCAGCUCUCCUUAACAUCAAGCAGGUGAUGCAGCAACGGCAAGUGACAGGGAUAUGGAAUGGCAAGGAUGAAUUACCAAUUGAAAUUGACCUGGGACAAGAUAGCCGCUACCACUCAGUGUUUGCUUGCCCUAUUCUCCGGCAGCAGUCUUCUGAAAACAACCCUCCAAUGCGUCUUGUGUGUGGCCAUGUUAUUUCUCGAGAUGCUCUUAACAAAUUGAGCAGUGGUAGCAAGUUGAAGUGUCCAUACUGCCCAGUUGAGCAGAACCCUUCAGAUGCCCGUCUCAUCUUCUUCUAGUUACUACAGUGUUAUUGUACUUUUAUUGGUUAUGUAUGUUUUAGAAGCACAGUGCCUCACAUUGACUCAAGUUUUAUUUCUUGGGAGAGGUUCUCAUGGCUGCACUGUAGAUGGGGUUGGUCAGUGAUCGGUUUUCCAAACUUCCUAAUUCUGCAGGUGACUGCUUAUCUGUGUGCAGACAUUGUAAAUAGUUUUUCGUUCUCUUUUACAAAGAUUGAUCAAAUCGUUUUGAUAAAGUGCUAUCAUUUUCGUUAUACUUGCUACAUUUCGUUGCACCAUAAACUGUUGCAAAAUAGCAUGCUGAUUGCAAGUGUUAGCGCUGAACUGUGAAGAAGUUUCUCAUUUUCUCUUUAUUCUCUUCAUGAAGCUGUCAUGGAUAAAAUCUGUUUCAAAGUUGUCUGUUGGUGUUUUAUACUUGGGAACUACGACGAAUGUAAAAAAUGCUUAUAUUGAAUAAUGUAACAAACUUUUCUAUUUCUUGUGUAAAGAUAUUUUAAGUAAGACAAACAGUGAAGUACAUACAUUAUGCUUACCAUUCAAUCUAAUGUCCUUCUAAGAAACUGGGAUUGAUAUCUCAUGUUCCAUUGUAGGUCAUCAGGUGCCUGUUAACUAGUCUUGUGAAUUUACUGGAGUGAAUGUACUUGAGUUAAAUUUGGCUUUCCAAAGCCUGAUUAUGUCACUGUGUAGUUGGAUGAAUUUGAAGGAACAAGAAUUUAUGAUAGAAAGCAAGAAUAUAUAGCUCAGUGAUUGUCAGAUCUUGUAGUGUAAGCCAUGUCUGCUAUCAUGGGUGAACAUUUUCUUCCAAGAGAAAAUAGUGUUUGUGAAUAUAUUGCUGAAACGUUUUUUAUUAGAAAGUUAUUGCUUCAAUGUGUUUUCAUAAUCAGUGAUACGGGUAUCGCUUUUAUUAAAAUUAUCGAACAGAGGUCAGAUCAGAUGCCCAUUCUUGCAAAAUAAAAACAGCUGUCUUUUUCGACCAGAAACACAUUUCAAGCUGUUAGACCUUAUUACUUGUAUCAAAAGUUAGCUAAUGCAUUGUGGAGUAGAUGGCAGCACUUACAUCAACUUUCUGUUUACAUAUUAUUCCAAUUUCAUAUUUGUAAUAUUUGCUUCCACAAUUUUUCAUAAAGAACAGGAUUCUUGACAUUUUAUUUACUCCUUUCCAAUGUACUAGAGAUUUCUCUUUUCAUUGAUAUUUUUGGUUUCAUUUUGUGAUCUUUCCAACUAAGCUUGGGAUCUUGAAUCUCCCGUGGUUGUUGGUGUAAAACCAUGUAUAUAGAUUAGUUUUGUACAAUUGUGGUAAUGCUAUUAGUUAUGUUAAUAAGGUUAAUGAUUUUUUACAAUAUGUAGAAUAAACUGUAUCUAAACAUCUACUUCAUGUGCGUAAAAAAAGCUGUCCUUUGAUAGAAUUAAAAAUUCAUUACAGAAUAGUCUAUUGAUGAUAAUCAGCCAGUCCCUUAACAUUUGUUUAUCCCUAUCCUCAUGAAUUUACAGAAAUUUGCAUGCCACACAAACUAAUAGAGUAAAGAGAAUUACCAAGGAGAUAACAUUGAUGAAAUUCAAUACUGUUUCAACCCAGAGGAAUGGUUCAUGUAUAUUGAGCAAGCUUCAUAUUCAAAAUAUAAGCUAAAAUUAAAAAUUAAUUUGUGCUAUUGUAAUCACAAAUGCUGUAAAGAAACCCUCUUAAAUUUAAAAAUUUGGUGC